GCCGCCGACGUGCCGACGCACCACUUCAUCGGCGACUUUGUCGACCUGGCGCGCAGAUUCGCGCACCUCGGCGUCACGCCGCUGGUCCUCGGCCACGACCUCCUCUCGGCGUACAGGCGGUGGGCAGUCAAGCGCCCGGUGCUGCUGCGUCACUUCCUCCUGCUGGCGGUCGGGCAUUACGUCGACGACUUUAACGCCCUCGACUUCCCCGACGCGGCCGAAGAGGCGCGCGCGGCGUUCUCGGACCUCUUCUCUCUUGGGCCUGAGAACCAAGCCUUCGAAGGCGCAGCCGCCGAACUCUGCGCACACGGUCCAGGGGGUCCGCUGCGAGGACAC